AUGCCAUCCUCCUCGCACCCGUCCCCUCGCGAUAAAUCGCCCCUUCCCGGCACAUCUCCUGACCCAGGCAGCAGCGCCGCCGUCUCUCCCUCCGCGCACGACCACGACGGCGACGACGCGGCCUCGGAGCCCAUCUCCGAGCCCGCUGGCCGCCGGCGGUCGACCUCGAGCACGAAGAGCUCGGGCGACCGCGAAAAGCGCAAGCGGUCGCGCGUCACCCCCGACCAGCUCAUCCACCUCGAGCGGUUCUUCUCUGUCGACAGAUCCCCGACCGCCGCCCGCCGCCGCGAGAUCAGUCAGAUGCUAGGCAUGCAGGAGCGGCAGACACAGAUCUGGUUCCAAAAUAGACGGGCAAAGGCGAAGCUGUUGGAUGGGAAGAACAAGACCCAUCUUCCGACAUCGCCCCCAGAAACGCCCCCAGAAUUGCAGCCGGGUUUCCAAGCAGAGCUCCACAGCCUCAUUCACGAAGAUGAGGCCGUGACCGUCAUUCCCUGCACGGACCUUACCAUCGGGACGUGGCGACGGAUGGCGACCACGGUGGGCAAGCAUGACCUUGUCGCGUACCUCUGCGAUGCGAAGCGCUGUCUCACGUGGUUCAUCCACUCGGCGGGGCACGGCUUCAAAAUGGAAAUCGCCUACGACAGCGUAGUGAGCACCGAGUUCGCCAACGCCGCGCCCGGCGCCGGCCUCGCGACGUUCAUCCUCGCGCGCCCGCCCGCGUUCUUCCUGGAGGCCCCCGCCGUCACGUCGUCGCCGCAGGGCGACCGCUGCGCGCUCCCGGGCACGCGCGUGUGGAAGCGCUGUGCAGACUGGACGGAGGGCAUGCAGGCGACCAAGGUGCUCCGGCACGAGCUCGUCGGCUCGGCGGUCCAGCUUGCGCACGUCCUCGCAUCUUUCCACGCCGGCAAGGCUUCCGGCGAGGUCCGUCUCCACGAGCCCGCGUACACCGCGGCCCCAGCCUCUUCCUCGAACCCCACGUCGCCGCCAUCGCUGCCCCUG